GGAGGGCCGGCGGGCAGGCCCAAGUGCGGCCCUCCGUCCCCGGGAUGGGUUGCCUGUGCCGUGGCCGGGACGCGCGGGAGCCGCUGGACAGCCCUUCCCCCAGCGCGGCGGGGGAUCAUCCCACCCUGCGGCUGCUCGCUCCUCCCCCUGGCCCCAGCGCACCCCCUUCUUCUGCCCCAGCCGCAGCGAGGCUCACUCCGCCUGCAGCUCCCCGGAAUUGAGCUGGGCUCUGCGGCGGCUGGAGCCGCCGGAGCUGCGCUCUCGCCAGGACCCAGACGGCUGCAGAAGCCCGGGCAGCCUCGGGUGCGGCGGCAUCAUGAAUGGCUCGGGUGGCCUGGACACUGAGGACGCGAGCGAGGCGGCCGGCGCGGGGAGCUGGCAGCCGGAGGCAGUCAUCGUGCCUGCGCUGUUUGCGCUCAUCUUCUUCGUGGGCACCGUGGGCAACGCACUGGUGCUGGCCGUGCUACUGCGCGGCGGCCAGGCGGUCAGCACCACCAACCUGUUCAUCCUCAACCUGGGCGUGGCCGACCUGUGUUUCAUCGUGUGCUGCGUGCCCUUCCAGGCCACCAUCUAUACCCUGGACGGCUGGGUGUUCGGCUCGCUGCUCUGCAAAGCCGUCCACUUCUUCAUCUUCCUCACCAUGCACGCCAGCAGUUUCACGCUGGCCGCUGUCUCCCUGGACAGGUAUCUGGCCAUCCGAUACCCGCUGCACUCUCGCGAGCUGCGCACGCCUCGCAACGCGCUGGCGGCCAUCGCGUUCAUCUGGGGGCUAUCGCUGCUCUUCUCCGGGCCCUACCUGAGUUACUACCGCCAGUCGCGGCUGGCCAACCUGACCGUGUGCCACCCGGUGUGGAGCGCGCCUCGCCGCCGCGCCAUGGACCUCUGCACUUUUGUCUUCAGCUACGUGCUCCCCGUGGUGGUGCUCGGCCUGACCUACGCGCGCACGCUGCGCUACCUCUGGCGCGCCGUCGACCCGGUGGCCGCCAGCUCGGGCGCCCGGCGGGCCAAGCGCAAGGUGACGCGUAUGAUCAUCAUCGUGGCCGCACUCUUCUGCCUUUGUUGGAUGCCUCACCACGCGCUUAUCCUUUGCGUGUGGUUCGGCCGCUUCCCUCUGACGCGGGCCACCUACGCGCUGCGUAUCCUCUCGCACCUAGUCUCCUACGCCAACUCGUGCGUCAACCCCAUCGUUUACGCUCUGGUCUCCAAGCACUUCCGCAAGGGCUUCCGCAAGAUCUGUGCGGGCUUGCUGCGCCGCGCCCCGCGCAGAGCCUCUGGCCGCGUGUGUGUCGCGGUCCAGGGCGCCCGCGGCAGCAGCGUGUUGGAGCGCGAGUCCACCGACCUAACGCACGUGAGCGAGGCGGCCGCCCUCUUUCCCUGCGCCGGCGCCUCUCAGCGGCCAGCCCUCGAACCUGGUCCCCAGCCUGUCCUGCGGGACCAAAAUGCCCGCAAAGGCAUCCUGACAGUUAAUGUGACCUGAGUAGGGGGUACGCUUGGGUGUUAAAAAUUUGGAGUCAGAGGUCGGGGGAUCGUGGAGGAAGUGUCAUCUGUUAAUAAAACGCACAAACCAUUUCA